AUGGGAAGCAGAUGUUCAAAAAAUAAAGCAAAGGCCCCCAAACGUAGGGACAUGAAUGAAUUAACCGAAAAGGAAAAUUUUGAAGGUGAUAAAAAUGAGGAAACCCCACAAGCUAUAGAUAUUGAUAUUCCUGAAGAUCCAAUUGAAAACGAAUAUGAUGAACCCGUCGAAGAUGAUAAUUUAGAUUUGGAUAUAAAUGACAAUAAAUCUUUUGAUAGAAAUUUAGAUGAUUUAGACAAAUCAAAUUCUGAUAUAUAUUCAGAAUCCCAUAAAUAUGAAAAUGAUAGUGAUAAAUUGGAAACAGGAUCACAAAUAACCUUAUCUACCGAUGCUACUGGAAUUGUUCAACAAAUAACAAAAUUAACUGAACCCGCUCAUGAAGAAAGUAUAUAUAAUACAUAUAAAUCUACCACUCCAUGUGAUAUGGAUAAAAUGGAUGAGACUGCCAAGAUAUUUUCAAGACGAUGUGGAUGUGAUCUUGGAGAUCGUCAUGACGAAAAUGCUUGCAAAAUAUGUAGAAAGAUUGAUUUAUCCGAUACCCCAUUAUUGGCUUAA